UAGAAAACGAUACUUUCAAAAAAGGACAACAUUUAUUAAAGUGGACUUGUAGAUAUUUUAAAAUAAAUCAUUAUUAAUAAAAAAAGUAUUAACAUGACUUCUCAUAUUGGUAGAGCUUAUUUGAAUACCUGCUUAAAAGUACCUAUAGAUCCAUGUAACAAUUGUCCAGCUCCUGUUUACAGCAGAUCCAAAAUAUAUUUGGAACGUGCUGCAGCCACACCAAACAGCUCAAAAGCUUCUAUUAUCACCACAAAACACUGUAGUACAACGGAAAGAGAGCAUAAAUGGUCUUGUGGUGGUAUCAGAUCAUUGGCGAAACUUUACGACAGCAUACCAGAUUAUAGAGAUUUGAACCAUUUAAGUGGUGAAGAAUUCUAUUCUACUUUGGAUACAUUAAGAUCAACUUGUCGAGAGUUGAAAGUUAAAACUAGUUGCUUGGUCGAAGAUCGUUGCAGUACUACCACAACUUCAUCUUCUUUAACAUCCUCCAAUAGUCAGCUGGGCGGUAGUCGUAAUAAAAAGUCUAAAAAAUCUAAAAAGAAGAAAAAAUCUAAGGGAAAUCCUAAUAAUAUAAAAUGCUUUGAAGCCCAGGAAUCAGAUUUUGUGCAGGAGUUUCUAAAUACUCAAAGGCAUGAGAACUGCCAUGAAGCUACUAGAACAAAAACGCGCAAUGUUUCUCUUUCUAAAAGUUCUAAAAAAGAUUUAGAUGAGGAAGUUGAAGGUUUUAAAAAGUCUCUUCAGGAAUUCGAGGCAGAGUUUAAAAGACCAAUGACUUCUUUAAAUCGUCAUGAAUCCCGAUCAUUUACUAGAUGCUCUUCGAAGGAGUUCUUUAGUAAGCCGCAGGAUGACAAUAAGAAAACAUCGGAAAAAGUACCUGUUCGAACAACAUUUACGUCGCAAUUACGUGAACAUUUACGUAAAUCAUUAUCAUUUAAUGAUUUACACUCCAUAACGGAACCAAUGGAACUUAUAGAAUUAAGAAAGAAAAACAAAACUUUGGAGUAUUUAUCAUUUAAAGGAGAUAGUACUGCUUUAAGGGACACCUCAAAAUUAAGUAAUUAUUUUCAAGAGAAUGCAAAAACGGAGACUGCAGGAAUACCAAAAAUAGUUGUAGAUUCGCCAAGCACCGAACAGUCUAGUGAUCGUAUGCAGGGAAAAAAGAAAUCGAAACAAAAACGCUGUAAAAAUGAGGAAUACAAAAUGCCUUUUACCUUGUUCGAUUUGGAUUCGCAUAAAAAGGAGGGUUCUAUUAAGCAUUCUACACCAUCUCCCGUACAUCCUGUUGCCCGUCCCAACCUAGCUGCCACUUUAAGGGUGGAAAGUUCGAAGAAAAAAGUGAAAGAACUUAAAAAUAACUGUACCUAUCAUGAUACCACACCACAAUUUGAUUGGGAAGUUCGUAAAACACCUGCCUGGAAAACAUUAUCAUUCAAUGAAACCCACAAGGAGAUACUUCAACUACGUUUGGCCACACGUAAAGCGGAACAAGCUCUGCAGCAACGUGAAUAUGAACUGAAUAUGGAAAUAAUGCGACAACGUGUCAAAUCCGCUCCUCUACUACUAGAGGGUGCCACCUAUUGGGGUCCUCAUGUGGGUAAACUAUCGCAUGCCUGUCAAAAAGAAGGACGACGUCAUAUGUGUCAAUCGAAUCAACAGCGUAGCAGACGUAAAAAGCAUUCAUCACGUAGUCACAGUUGCAGACGUAGUUUAUUUCUUAGUUCUUCUUCGGCUUUGGAUGGUGAACAUUUUGACACUUCUCCCAAUACCUUCAGAGUACAAACGGAAUCACGAGCCAAUAUGUCUCACAAAUUAAAUACAUUGCGUAAAAUUUAUGGCAGUGGCGGUAAUGGAACAAAAUCUCAAUCACGUAAUUCAAAUCACAGUACAAAUACUCAACAAUCAAUGAAAUGUCUAAGGAAAAAGAAUUCCAAUAAUAUGCUGAGAACUGAGGCGAAGCCGGCAAAAGAUGAUGAUAGAAAUUUUGGCAGAGUAGAGUUGGAUAGUGGCGAUGAGUUGUCAAGUUUGGAUAGAGCAUUUUUGUAG